AUACCUUCCGACCAAGCUCGUACGAACGAAACACUGUUCGAGUGGAUGAUGCUGGGACGCAGCCUUCAGAUGCUCGGUCUAAGCUUACUGGAAGGUUACGACAGCAGUAAGGCGUCUGAACUGUUGGCCUGCGAUGAGGCCUCCUUACUGGCGCCUUUCCUGCAAGUCGAAAAAGACUUGAAGCCCGAGUCAUUUGACUACGAUCAGGCUCACCAUAUAAUCGCCCUGGCGCGCGGCCUGCUCGAGGAGUUAGGCGGCGAACAGGAUCCUUUUCAGCACCGCUAUGAUCCGCAGUAUUCGAUAGUAGAGAAUCAGAUGAUAUGCGGUGCCAUCAUCGAAGUUGAGGGGGCCUGCUCAAUGGAGAACAUUGACACGGUGCAAAUGCAUAAAGCAAUCUCUCGAUCAAGUCUAAUCGGCGAUGAGAAACUUGAUCCUGCGGAGGUUCUUGAGCUGAUAAACACAUGUUGGAGAGUGCUGGAAGAUUGGGUGUAUGUGUAG